AUGCCGGCCUCUUCCAGCCUCUUCUGCCGGAGUCUCCAGGUGUUCGCUGUCCUACAAUGGCUCUUCCUCUUCUUGGGGCUGUCCCAGGUGUGCCUGGCUGUGCUGAUCCUUGCACUCCUAAGCCGGGCCUGGGUACUAGGGGUCCUCUACCUGGUCUGGCUCUAUGGAGACAGGGACACGCCACAGACAGGAGGUCGCAGAUCUGCCUGGGUCCGCAACUGGGCCAUCUGGAGACAUUUCCGGGACUACUUCCCCAUCACGCUGGUGAAAACCGCAGAGUUGGAUCCCUCCCACAACUAUCUCUUCGGCUUCCACCCUCAUGGCGUCCUGGUCAUCGGGGCCUUCAGCAACUUCUGCACAGAGGCCACCGGCUUCUCCCGCCUCUUCCCUGGCCUCUGCCCGCACCUGCUCAUGCUGCCCUGUUGGUUUCACCUUCCUGUCUUCCGGGACUACAGCAUGCUUAGUGGUUUGGUGUCCGCAGCCAAGGCCAGCGCCGCCUAUCUGUUGUCCCGGCCUGGGGGCGGCCAGGUGGCCGUCCUGGCGGUGGGAGGGCCCCUGGAGGCGCUGGAGGCAAAGCCCGGAGCGCUGAGCUUGCGGAUCCGGAAUCAGAAGGGAUUUGUCAAGCUGGCGCUGGAGCACGGGGCCUCUCUGGUGCCUGUCUUCUCUUUUGGGGAGAACGAACUCUACCAGCAGUUCCCGAACCCACCGGGCUCGUGGGUGCGGACGGCUCAGGAAGCGCUGCAGCCGCUGCUGAGGGUGUCCCUGCCGCUGUUCCACGGCCGCCUGGGCCUCCUGCCCUUCCGCAGGCCCAUCUACACCGUAGGUGAGCCGGGGCCCGCGCGCUCCCCGGGCCGGACGGCACGGUCCCUGGUUGGGGUCUAAGGUCCUGACCAGCCGCCGGUGGCGGCCACGCCGACCUCACCCUCAAGCUGGCCUUUGACAACUGUGAGCACCAUGACCUCGGUUCGCUCCGCAUUCCGCCCACAGUGGGGGCCCCGAUC